AGGGGUGUGCCUCCCGCAGCCCAGGGCUCGGAAGGGGGACGCCCCGGGCUCGGGGCCACUGCUCUCCCUUUCUCGUUGUCGCAGACGCCCUCCCGGGGGGCGUCCCGCAACCGGCGCGAUGAGUGCCAAGGAGGACCAAGAGAUGGAACUGGAAGCUCUACGUUCUAUUUAUGAAGGAGAUGAAAGCUUCCGGGAAUUAAGUCCAGUGUCAUUUCAAUACAGGAUAGGUGAAAAUGGUGAUCCCAAAGCCUUCUUAAUAGAGAUUUCCUGGACAGAAACAUAUCCCCAGACACCUCCAAUUAUAUCUAUGAACGCUUUUUUUAACAACACCAUAUCAUCGGCUGUAAAGCAGAGCACAUUAGCCAAGUUACAGGAAGCAGUGGAGGUCAAUCUUGGGCCCGCCAUGACCUACACAUUGUUUGAAUAUGCCAAGGACAAUAAGGAGCAGUUCAUGGAGAAUCACCAGCCCGUGAAUUCUACGAUACCCAUAAGCAGUAUCAUUUCCGUUGAAACUCCUAAUACAGCCCCAUCGAGUAAGAAAAAAGAAAAAAAAGAACAGCUUUCAAAAGCACAGAAACGUAAGCUGGCAGAUAAAACAGAUCACAAAGGAGAACUGCCUCGAGGAUGGAACUGGGUUGAUGUGGUGAAGCAUUUAAGCAAAACUGGCUCUAAAGAUGAUGAAUAGUACUUGGAAUUGAAGACAAGGGAAGAACAUCUUUUAAGAAGUAAACUGGGUUCAAAAUCCUUCAUUACUCUUUUCUGGUAUUGAGGUGACUUUUUAUAAAACAGAAUUUUUUUGUAUGUUUCUUAUGUAAAAAACGUUUUAAGCUGAAAGUUCAUGAAGAGAUCUGGUUGUAUUAAAUUAUUUUCACAAACUUGCCUUAAUAAAAGGUGAAAUGUUACUGUUUAGUAUACUUUAUGAAGAUGAUUGAGCUUUGUAAAUGGACAAAAUGGGAAAUAAUAAAUAAUCAAUGUGAAUUUAUAUGCUCUUAUUCUAGUGGAU